UAUUGUGCUGUUAAUUGGUCAAUUAAAUACCAAUGUCUUGUGGUCAUCACUUUCUUUUACAUGUAGUGAAAAAUCACCUAAAGAUGAAGGAAAUUUGUAAUUAGAAGACAAAGGGAAUGUUUCUCUCAUUCUGUCCUGAGAGAAUGUACAGUGCAUACUUGAAUUAGAUUUGACUGAAGACGGAAGUCAGUUCCUCUACAUUGGUGAAAGAUCUAUUUCAAAUUUAAGCAUUAUUUUGCUACAAACAUCAAGAACUACAAUUAAACAUGGUGGUGAUCAAGCCAAAAAUGGCUGAUGGGGAAGGGGAUUUGAAGAUAAAACAGUCGAUAUACUCCGGCUACACAACGGUACCUGAACUCCCUCCAAAGGUUGUCAGGAUAUUUGUCAGCUCUACCUUUGUUGAUGCUGAAGCGGAGAGGAAUGUGUUGUUGAAUGAAGUAUACCCGACUGUUUGGUGGUGGUGUAAGAACAAUGAUCUUGACUUCCAGCUGGUUGAUAUGCGAUGGGGUGUCCGGGAUGAAGCAUCCACUGAUCACACUACCUCCCAGAUCUGUCUCAGGGAGAUACAGAAAUGCCAGAAUGUCUCGAUGGGGCCAAACUUUCUGUUCAUCCUUGGUCAGCGUUAUGGCUAUCGUCCCAUACCAGCCACUAUCCCUGCUAGCAUGUACGGUAUUCUCAGUGAACAUGUCACCAAUGGGGAUCACAUCAAUCUUCUCUCAUCGUGGUAUCUACGGGAUGAUAACACGGUUCCUCCCGUCUAUGUUCUUCAACCGAUCAUGGAGCAGGUCAGGAAGCAGUGGUCAACCAUCUCCGAUCAGCUCGUCGGUGUACUCAGGAGAGCGGCUUCCGAUGCCGGGAAGGCUGGACAGAUCACUGAGGCUGAGAAGCAAACAUUUUUUAUGUCUGUGACUGAGCAAGAAGUGAGAGAGGCACUUGAUUCCAAGAAUCCUGAUGACCACUGUGUAGGGGUAUUGAGAACGAUCACAGAUCUGGAGGAGCAUCUUGGAAAAACAAAUACCAGCAAGUUCUGUGAUUUAGAUAGUGAGAACAAGGUGCAGGAGGAUGCUAAGAAACUUCUAGGAGAUCUCAAAGACCAAUAUGCAACAAAACGCUUGAAUGAGCAGAACGUUCACCAGUUCAAUGUAAAGUGGUCUCCCAAGGGUGUUGACCCCUCUCGUUCAGAUCAUAGAACCUACCUUGAUCAAUUCUCUAAUGCUGUUACAAACAAUACCAUCAACCUCAUCAAGAAUGCCAAGACAAAGUACACCCACUAUGAACUAAGUAAAGAUGAACUCUUCAUAGAAGUCUGUAACCAUGCUGAAUUCUGCCGUUCCAAGUGCAUCAACUUUCACGGCUGUGAGGACAUCAUCCAUGCCAUCUUCGAGAAAAUCAAAGAUGAGAAGUUCAGGAAGCCCAUUGCGAUCCAUGGUCCAUCCGGAAGUGGGAAGACAUCCAUCAUGGCUAUGGUACAGGAGAAUGCUCAGAAGCAUCUUGGACAUCCUUGUGUGGUGGUGUCCAGGUUUCUUGGUACUACCUCUCAAAGCUCAACCAUUAUCAAUGUCAUCCUCUCCAUAGCAAAGCAGAUAUGCUCUGCUUAUCAAAUCUAUGACAGCAGUGAGCUUAUUGAGAGGAGGCCAAAGGAACUUUUCCCAUAUUUUCAUUCACUUUUGGAGAAAGUCUCUACUACCUGUGACAGACACCUGAUCAUUAUGCUUGAUUCUCUAGACCAGCUUGAAAGUGCCCAUAGCGCUCAUAGAUGUCUAUGGCUACCAAGAAACCUUCCUCCAAAAGUCAGUGUAGUGGUGUCCACUCUUCCUGACAUGUAUGGCAUUCUUCCCAAGCUGAGGCAGCUGCUGGGCAAUGAAGAAUGUUUCCUGUCUGUGGAAGCCCUCUCAGAAGGAACUGGAGAUGAGAUCAUGCACACGUGGAUGCAGGGUAUUGGAAGAGCUGUGACAGAAGAACAGAAGAAUAUCCUUAAGAAAGCAUUCCUGAAGUGUCCUCAGCCUCUCUUCUUGAAGCUCCUGUUUGAAGAGGCACGUCGAUGGAAGUCUUAUACUGAGGUCAAGGAAGAGGACUUGGCUGUCACUGUCAGGGAAGCUAUAUGGAAACUCUUUGAGCGACUUGAGAGGCAGUUUGGCUAUAAGCUGGUAUCCCAUGCACUUGGUUACAUUACUGCUGCUAGGAGUGGAUUAUCCCAUGCUGAACUGGAAGACAUUCUGUCUAUCGAUGAUGAGGUGUUGGAUGAAAUUUACCAGUACUGGUCCCCCGUGGAUCCUACCACCGUACGCAUUCCAUCCCUGCUCUGGACAAGGCUUAAAUACGAGCUUGAGGAAUACCUUGUUGAAAGACAAGCUGAUGGAAGGGCUGUCAUGGUCCUCUAUCACAGACAAUUCAAAGAAGCAGCCUUUGCCAGAUAUCUGAAUGAUCCUGAAAUAGCAAGACAACGCUACCAAGUUUUAGCUGAUUUCUUUGAGGCUCGAUGGAGUGAUAAGCCAAAGACCCUGGUAUUGACGCAGAGACAUGAGACCUUACAAGCGUAUCGUAAAGUGGCCUCUCAACCUCUCAGAUUUGAUAAGGAAUUUAACCAGAGGAAGAUCAGUGAGCUCCCGUACAGUCUACUCUUUGCCAAAGAUAUCCCAAGGUUUGUUGAGAGCACUUUUGGUAACUUUGAGUUCAUCCUCACAUCCAUGCUAGCCAACUCAACUCAAUAUGUGAUUGAAGAGUUGUCCUGGGCCCUCACAUAUCCCAGCAUCCUUGGAUCUGAGGUUUGCACUCAGCUUGGACUCCUACAAGACACACUCAGACUUGCCAAACCUACUCUAGAGUUUAAGAACAACACCCAGCCUGUAGCCAUCGAGCUUCUUGGACGAUUGAGCUACUUUGAAGGGCAGUACCCUGAUCUGAUUGGUCGAGUGAUAGCGGGAUGUAGAACAUGGUGUCAGGAUACUAACAAGCUUCUUCUCAUACCUCAGAUGAGCUUCUUCCCUACCCCUGGAGGACCAAUGCGCACCACUCUCAUUGGGCAUCAUGGUGACAUCUGUGAUCUGUCAAUAAGUGAUGAUGGUCGUUAUCUGGCAACAUCAGAUACAGAGGGAGCUGUGUACAUUUGGGAGCUAGGCUUAGAUGAAUUGCUCUACUCUAUGAAAGAUAUUCAAGGCAAGCCUGUGAGUCAUGUGACCUUCUCACAUGACAACCGAUGGUUUGUGGGAUACAUCAAGGAGUCUAGAGCCAUUCAGGUGUGGAACAUGCAGAGUGGUGAUCCUUCUUCAAGGAUUGUCAUUGACAGUAAGACUGAUGAUCCAGGCAAGAGAGAUGAUCACCAGACUUGCAUCAUCUUGCCCAAGACCUCUGAGACCAUUGUGUUUGGUGCAGCAAAGGAAGUCAAGAUAUACCUUAUCCAGUCUGGUGCCCUGCAACACACCAUCAGUGUACCCAGUGGUGACAUCAAGGGACUUUGUUUGUCUUCAAAUGACCAGUACCUACACAUUAUUACACAGAAUGGUCACUACCUCACUCAUAGCAUGAUGACCUAUGAACUGCUCUUUGACCUUCGCCCUCAUGAAGGUCAAGUUAACUGCAUUACAAAUACGCAGCUUGGACAUGUAGCAAUUGGAUAUGUUGAUGGAACGUUUUGCUUAAUUCAACCAGAUGAGAACAAAAAUAGCAAGGGAGUUGUGGCUUUUACAGAAACGGUGUUUGAACAAAAGCCAGUAGCCGGUCUGUGCAUCAAAGAAGAUUUGAGCUUGUUGAUAGUAGCGGCUGAUGAUAACAUCUAUGUCUGGGACUACAUGAAGAAGUUUUUACAGAGUACAUUAGAAGGUCAUGAAGAGUCUAUUGAGAACAUUGAGGUCGCAACUGAGAGCAGCCUUCUAGUAUCUGGAGGUUAUGAUGACAUCAUCAUAGUGUGGGACUUGAUCAGUGGGACCAAGGUUCAAAUCUUAGAUGGCCAACAAAGUGAUAUCUCUCUCCUCAAACGACACAAUAACCAACUUGCAUCUGCAUCCUUCAACACUCCUUACAUCAAGCUAUGGGACAUCUCUCCUCAAUACCUGUCACAACACCAUCAUAAGUUUAUUGAUAAGAAAGACAUAGCAGCAAUAACUAAAGAUCUUCAGUAUGUGGUUCAUCAGCAGUUCCCGGAGAAACCUAUGAUUAGCGUCUGGGAGAGUGAUGCUAUGAAAAGUGUGCAUUUAAAGAUGAGAGAAGAUGAAACAAGCAGGGUUACCUGCUUUGCAACAACUGACGCUUCCCUAACUGCGAUCGUAGGAUGCUCAGAUGGAUGUGUAGUUAUUGCAGAUCUGAGACAUAAGAAGGUCUUGAACGUCCUUCCAGGAGACAAAAUUGCAGUUGCUUCCAUAGCGGUCCGUCCAGAUGAACGAUACAUAGCAGUUGCGUAUGCAGAUGAUACGGUCCGGGUAAUAAACAUUCAAUCUCUGAAGACUCAGCGGCAGUUCAACCUUGAUGUUAAAGGCAACAUCUCCAACAUCUGCCUGACCUUGAUGGACAUUCUGGUGGUAGCAAGUGAUGCAGGACUUGUCUAUGUGAAAUUGACAUCAUCCAGUGAUCUUGUGAAGCUAGAAGGGAACCAGAGUCCUAUCAAUUGUCUAGGAGUUAGUCCUGAUGAACGCCAUGUGGCUUGCGGAAUGGAAGGUGCCAACGCACUUGUCUGGGAUCUUCAGAUGACCAGAGUGGAUUUGCAAAUCAGGGCCAAGUCUGUCCAGCACCUUUGCUUCACCAAAGACAAUGAAUACCUUGCAACAACAUCUAAUGACAAGAAAGUAUGCUUGUGGCGACGUAGCAAUGGGAAUCAACUUCUUGACAUCUACAUCUACUCCAACCUGUCCUGUCUUGCAGCUAUAGAGGGCGCUCUGAUAGGAACUACACAGAUUGGUCAAGUGGUUGCCAUGGAAAUCAAGGAUCGGAAAAAGCAAGCAUUGAAGAGGCAGACCUCCAGGACAUGUGCCAUACUGUAAGCGUUGUGAGUUCUGAAUUAGACUAGAAAUAGAAAUAUCACUCAGGAUGGUAAGUAAAAAUAUCACCAAGGGUGAUGAAUUCCCUUCCCCUGAAGUGCAUGCUCCAUUUUAUAAGCAUUGCGCAAGAAGUGAGGAAGUAGUUUAAUGUGCAACAUUUUACUGGUAUCUUGUAGUAAUAGGCUGAAGCAGUUCAAAUAGAUUACCUUGCGUAUCUUCACCAACCCAUGUAUGCCAUAUUUCAUGGACCUUGCAUGACAAAUGAAGAAGGAUUUCAAGCCGCAAGAUUCGAAAUGGGCCAACCACCUGAAAACCUACUGAUUCCUAUGCACACAUACCCUUCAUUUGGCAGGGGUAUAAUGGCUGAAAUAUUGGGUACUCCUUGCAAUAGAUUGUUACCAUCAUUCAUGGCUCAAAAUUCCUCAACUUUUCAAAAAUGUUGAGAAAUGAUGAUUCACUCAUUUCAGAAUGAACUGAAAAUAAUAUACUGAUCUAACCAAAUAUACAUUUUAUAUUUAAUUUGUGUUGUAUAUCAAGUUUCCAUGUUUUUGUAUAUUUGUUGCAAACCCUUAAUGAUAAUGAAAUAUGCAAUCGAAAUAAAAAGUGUAAAUGUGUGUAUGUAUUUUGCAAGGGAUGAACAAAUACUUAUAUUUUUUCAGUACUGUCAAAUUUGUCACAGGGUUUUCUGGAUGGCAUUAUUGACUUUUCUUAAUCUUCAUAUGUAUACACCAUACUUACUUUUUGUAUUGUUGUAUUGUAUAAAGCUGUUUCUUAAUGUGUUUGUUCAGCUAAGAAUAUGCAAUUACCAACUUGAAUUAAUAUAUUUUAUAAAGAGUAUGCAAUUACUACAAGUAUUCUGAUAUCAUCUGAAUAAAUGGUAUGAUGAUGUAUUUUUUCACAAAUUUAAGAUUGAUCAAAAUCGUUCUCAACUACGGCAACCCAUGAAUACCAUUGGUUACUCUGGGUAAUAACAACAUUGGUCUCAUGUGAACUGCAUGUUCUAGCACAGUGAAAAAUGUGAAUAAAGACCCCUCAAAGAAGACAAUAUAAUUGGUCCUGAUAUGCUUGGCAGUGGUUUCACGUACAGCUCCUUUUGUGCAUGCUCAUGUGAUAAAUCAAUCCAGUGGAGUAUGAAAUUGAAUGGAGGUCCUGACAGACAGAUGAUCGCAAAUAUAGAUUUAACUGGAGUGCAUUUAGCACAUCCCUGGAGAAACCAGCAGUGAAAAUGAAAAGGACAAUGGCAUUUGUGGCAUGCCAUAGUUGAGACCAAAUUCAAUCACUCUUGAAUUGAUAUAUCCCAUAGUCUCAGCACAAUGACAAAAGGGAAAGAAGCAACAAAGCAACCAAAUUUCUAAUUUUCAUGUUUUGCCUUAUGUGCCUUUCUACUGAGCCAAAUAAACACAUCAUACUAAGAAGUGCAUUAGGCAGACAAAGCCAGCAUGGUAUUACAUUGUCAUCAGUGUAGAAAAUACAAUAUAUUUUGUUCUUUUAUAAAAACUUUACAUUUUCCUAUCCAUUUGCCAUACUCAUGCAUGAUAUGUACAACUUUGGUUAAUCUUAAUAUCUGUGAAAAGCCAUCAUGUAUGUGAUUUCAUUGUGAAAGUUAUUAAAGGGUAACAUCACUGCCCGCUAGUGCCUAACUGCUAUUGCAAUAUUUAAACCAUGUUCUUUCAAUUUCAAAGGCAUUCCAAAUUCAAUAUCAGAACUAGUGAUGUUUUUGUUCCAUGUAUUUUUUGUAAUGUGCUUAUAUGUACAAAACACUACAAAGAUUAUGCAAUAUUGUGAGCUUUUUUAUGAACAUUGGAGUUUGCCAUAUUCGUUUCUAAUAAAAAGUGUGAUGUAGGUAGAUAUCUAUAAGCUGCUCAGCAUGAAAUUGUGAUACCCUUUGUCUUCUCUGUUACAUGUAAGACACAUAAAGACAGAAGUACAUAAGACAUGAGAGUCCAUUCAUUUCACAUGAUUAUUUUAAUUUCAAAAUCUAUCCCUUGUUUUUGUAUAGAUUUUGUUUUUAAAUAAAAUUUAUUUUUUUGCAAAAUUUGAAAUUGGCAUAUGUAAUGAAAUUAAAAUUCAAUUUUACAAUUUGAAAUGUAAUUGUCUUUCAAAUGACAUUAUUUUCAACAUAGUGUUAUACCAAAUUACUUGAAAAGGGGCCUUUUAGGAUAAUCAAUGACUGCGUUUACUUUGUUUUGAUGUGUGAUUAGCCUGAUAUUUGUUAUUCUCCAUGAAGUUACUUAUCAAAAUCAAAUUCUUUAAACAUUCCAAUUUGUUGUUAAGAAUAUAAAAAUUUAAAAACCUUGUUGAUAUUAGUAGCUUUAUACAUUCCUUAUGCAGCUAAUAGGGCUAUGCACCCUUUGAGUUGAAUUGUGAAAAUCAUGUUAACUGAUACUUAUUCAUCAUACCUUACUUUACCCCCAAAAAUGGUUCAAAAGUAUCUUAGUUGGUAAAUUUUUGCCACUAACGUUGAUAUCAAUUUGUCAAACAUUAAUUAAAUUGUGCCAAACCCUUUGUCUUCCAGUUUUAUUAAAUCAUCAGAUGGGACCAAACCAUUGUUCUGGCAGGUUGUAUUUUUUCCAAACCUCUGUAAAAUAAAUGAACAUUUGAUGUGUUAUUAUUAUUAUCAAUGUAUAAUAAUGUUUGGGUUGAUUUUAAGUGCAAUUAUGAUUGCAAGAAUUUGUGAUGUAAGGUAUAUUUGUAGUACCAAAGAAAAUUCUUAUUUGGGCAAUACCAUAAAAUAUGUACGUCUGACCCCCCUAUAUGUGGGACCUUCAUGAAAUUUUCUGUCUCUGAUUUCUUGUUCUUUUGACAGUCUGCAAUAUUCUCAAAGGACCAUGAAGUUCAUGAAGUGAAGUAAAACUUGAGAAAAGUGGGGGUGGGAUGUACAAAAAGUAUGAUAAUUUUUGUGGAAUUGCCCAUUUGUAAAAUGCUGACACAGUAUGUUCCACUUCAUUGUCAUUUAUUGUCUUACCUGUUCAAUAUUAGGUAUUAACAACUUAGUUUGAUUUAUAUUUUUACAGUCUUUCUGAUAUAUCAUAUUGUCUUUCAUUUGCAAUUUUGUGUAUAAUACAAGUAGAUGUAUAUAUAGAAAUUAUUUGAAUUUGGUGUGUACAUAGUAGAAUUUUUAAAUUGUUUUCUGAAUAACUAUUACCUCAUCUCAGAUUCCAAAUCUAUGAUACUUGUACACUAGAUGUGUGAAUAUUACUACUUUACUAUUGAUUUAUUCUAAUAAAAACUGAGUGUAUGUAGAUAGUAGCCUUUAAUAGUGAUAUGGCUGAAUGUAUGCUAUUAUGAAACCCAUUUACAGUUCAAUCUAGCCUUCAAAGGUUCACUUUAAUACUGUAAAAGCACAGACCAAUACCGGUUCAGUGAAUCAAAUAUUGUGUUCUGGGUUUGAGAGUGAUAAAGUUAGUUGGGAAUGCUAGUUGGUAAAUCAAAGUAUAUAUAUUUCAUUUGCUAUGUAAACAUGAGCAUCAUAGUGUUGUCAAUUAUACAUGUACCUCUGAAAUUUCAUCUUUAUAGCAGCCUGAAAUAUUGUUUUUAUAGAUGCUUAAUUUAGAGGGUUUUUUAGUUGUGUGUUCAAAGAGUACCAUAACUAGUGUGUAUUUUCAAUAGGACCUUCUGUGGGUGAAGGUGUAUUUUCUGGUUAUCAAUUUGUAACAUACAGGGUAAGUCUUCUCAAGUUAGGUCUCUGGAUUAUAAAAAAUUAUCAAAUUUUUAUGAAUGAAUUCUCAACUGUACUAAUAUUUCAAAAAAUGAUCAUGCUUUGUAUUGGAAUCCAGUCAUCAGAGAUUAUCAUUUUACCCAUGCAUGAUGACAUGUAUGUCAAGUAGAAGGUGAUUUAUCAUACAUAGGUGGUUUCCAACACAUCAUGGCCCUGUAACAUAAAGCUUAGUGAUUAAUCACGAGGCUGUUUUCUACAAUUGAUUGCAUUAAUUGUUGUGCAUGAUCAAUCAUAAAAACUAGCCCCAUGAUGAACGAUAAGCUUUAUGUUGCCAGGCCCAUCAUGGGAGUCCAAGACUAGACUAUACAAACAGAUUGAUCAACUUAUAUGAAGCAACAUCCUUGCUGGUAAUCAUCUAAUCAAUGGCUCUGAUCUUGGCCAUUUUAUGAAAGCCCUCUAUCAAUGACAGUUCAAUCUACUGUUAUAAUUUUUGUUUGAAUGGCCAAGAGCAAAAUCAUUACAUUUUCUUGCAUUUUUAUUGAUCAUUGACAAUUGCCCUGAAUAAGUUUUAGAAGACUGUGGGUGGCAUUUUGGUGAAUUGUAGAUAUGGGUUUUUUAUGACUUGCAUAUUUUUUUUUAUGGAUUUUUAUCAAAUUUUAUUAUGAUGUCAAUAAUGUGUAUAGCAUUUCUUUUAUAUUUAUAAAAAAGUCACCAAAGUAAUCUAAUUCUAUAAUACCAACAGUUUGGAGAUCAACUCCUAGCAUUUGAAACUUUGCAUAUAACAUUUUAAUUUUGUAGCAUCUUAUUAAUAUGAAGUUUGCAAUCAUGGUCAAUACAUUAGUAUUCUUCUUAUGAGAUUUUUGUCUAUGUCUUUUAUAACAAUAUUUUCAUGUUUGUGUUAAUAUUCAAAUAAUAUAUGCUGUGAACUCUUCUACGUCAUUUCAGUAAUACAAAUAGUUUGUACUUACCAAUGAAAUUAUUUAAUGGUAAAA